UUCAGUAUAAUUUUGCGACUCUUCGUGGUGAUAAAAAAAUCUUGAAGCCCCAGAUAACGAAGCUCUUACUGAGUGAAAAAUUUCUUAAAUAAAGUGUUUGAUUUUAAAUAAAUCAAAAUAGUCAGAAGAAAUAUUGAAAUGAAUCCUCCACUUGUUUUUUAUGUGAACGGAAAGAAAGUAACUGAUAAAGAACCUGAUCCCGAUUACACUCUUCUUCGUUAUCUUCGCGAAAAGCUUCGGUUGUGUGGCACGAAGUUAGGAUGUGAUGAAGGUGGUUGUGGUGCUUGUACAGUGAUGUUGUCAAGAUAUGAUUGGAAGAUUAAAACUGUUAAACAUUUCGCUGUGAAUGCUUGUUUGACGCCAAUCUGUAGCUUGCAUGGUGUUGCUGUUACAACUGUUGAAGGUAUAGGAAGUACAAGAACUCGUUUACAUCCUGUACAAGAAAGAAUUGCAAAAGCUCAUGGAUCGCAAUGUGGAUUCUGCACGCCAGGAAUUGUUAUGUCGAUGUACGCUUUACUUAGAAGCAUACCAAACCCAAAUAUGAAAGAUUUGGAAGCAACGUUCCAAGGUAAUUUGUGCAGAUGCACUGGAUAUCGACCGAUCAUCGAAGGUUACCGAACAUUUACUGAAGAUUAUAAAAUGGAAUGUGGAAUGGGAGAAAAAUGUUGUAAGUUGAAUGGAAAUCAAUGUGGAGUUGAAGUUGAUAACAAAUUAUUCGAGGAAAACGAGUUCGCUCCCCUCGACCCAUCACAAGAACCAAUUUUCCCUCCAGAAUUGAAAUUGAACAACAUUUAUGAUCAACAAACAUUGACAUUUAAGAACGACAGAAACAUUGUUUGGUAUCGACCGACAUCUUUGAAACAACUUCUUGAAUUUAAGAAGGAUAAUCCAAAUGCAAAGAUCGUCGUUGGUAACACGGAAGUUGGAGUUGAAAUAAAAUUCAAGCAUUGCGAUUACAAAUUUCUUGUGAACCCAACACAAAUUGAUGAACUUACUAGCGUUACUCUCAACGAGAAUGGAGUUAAAGUUGGAUCAGCUGUUACUUUGAUGGAACUGCAAAAUGUUCUUAAACACGAAAUUGAAAUGAAACCAGAACAUGAAACUCGAUUUUACAAAGCGUUAGUUGACAUGAUUCAUUGGUUUGCCGGACAACAAAUUCGAAACGUCGCUUCCAUUGGCGGGAAUAUCAUGACAGCUUCACCAAUUUCUGAUUUAAAUCCAAUUUUUUUGGCGGCUGCUGUUGAUUUGGAAGUUGAAAGCAUUGACGGUGGUCGAAGAAAUGUCAAAAUGUCUGAUGGAUUCUUCACUAGUUAUCGAAGGAACAUUAUAAAAGAUUCAGAAGUUUUAAUUUCCAUUUCACUUCCGAAAACAUUCAAAAAUCAACAUUUCUUGGCUUACAAACAAGCGAAACGCCGAGAUGAUGACAUUGCAAUUGUUAAUGGAGCUUUUAAUGUCAUCUUUAAGGAAGGUACAAAUAUUAUUGACAACAUGAGAAUUGCGUUUGGUGGUAUGGCCCCAAGAACAAUUUUAGCUUCGAAAACUUCUGCAGCAGUGAAAGGAAAAACUUGGGAUAGAAAUUUAAUCGAGAUUGUCAACAAACAUUUGAUUGAUGAAAUUCCUUUGUCCCCUGAUGCACCUGGUGGAAUGAUUCUUUAUCGACGUUCGUUAACUCUCAGUUUAUUCUUUAAAAGCUUCCUAACAAUCAGUCAAGCUUUAGAAAAAACUUUGGGACUGACAUUGGUUGAUGAAAGAGAGAAAAGUGGAGCCGAAGGUUUUCACACACUUCCACCAAAAAGUUCUCAACUCUUUGAGAAAGUUUCAUCUGAUCAACCUUUAACCGAUCCAAUUCAUCGUCCUAAAAUUCAUUCAUCUGGUUUUAAGCACGCGACUGGUGAAGCAGUUUACUGUGACGACAUUCCAAGGUUUGAGAAUGAACUUUAUCUUGUACUCGUGUUAAGUGAGAAAGCGCAUGCUAAAGUCAUUUCAAUUGAUGCGACAGAAGCUUUAAGUCAAUCUGGUGUGCAUGCAUUUUUCUCAGCUAAAGAUUUGACAGUGGAACAAAACUUGACUGGCCCCAUGGCCACAGACGAAGAGUUCUUCAUUAGAGAAGUUGUGACAAGUCAAGGGCAAGCUUUGGGUGCAAUCGUUGCUGACAAUCAAUUGAUCGCACAGAGAGCUGCACGAUUAGUUAAAGUUCAUUAUGAAGAACUUUCACCGGUCAUUCUCACAAUGGAAGAUGCAAUCAAACAUAAUUCAAUUUUUCCAGAUCAUUCCAGCACUUUAAUUAAUGGCGACGUUGAAAAAGCUUUCAAAACCGCUGAUCACGUUGUUAGUGGAGAAUUUCGUAUGGGAGGUCAAGAACAUUUUUAUCUUGAAACUCAAGCUGCGAUAGCCAUUCCAAGAGAUGGCGAUGAAUUGGAAAUAUUUUCAUCAACACAACAACCUGGCGAUAUACAAAAUCGAGUUGCUAGUUUCUUAAACAUUCCAUCUAGUCGCAUUUCAGUUCGUACAAAGCGAGUUGGUGGUGCAUUUGGAGGUAAAGAAACUCGAUCUUCAGUCACAGCGCUUCCUGUUGCAUUUGCUGCUUAUAAACUUGGCAAGCCUGUUAGAAUGAUGUUGGAUCGUGAUGAAGAUAUGAUGAUAACGGGCACAAGACAUCCAUUCUUGUUCAAGUAUCAAUUGGCCUUUAUGAAUGAUGGAAGGAUUGUUGGUUGCGAUGUGAAAGCAUUUAACAACGCAGGAUAUUCCUUGGAUUAUUCAGGACUUGUCAUGAAGAAAGCAGUUCAUGCGCUGCCUAAUUGUUAUAGAAUUCCGAACAUCAGAAUUGAAAGUAAAGUUUUGAAGACAAAUCUUCACACCAACACAGCAUUUCGUGGUUUCGGUUUACCACAAGGAAUGAUGGUUUCGGAACAUUUAGUUCGUGAUGUUGCAAAAUAUCUUAAGAAAGAUUACUUGGAAAUAAUGACGAUUAACAUGUACAAGAAUGGCGACUUAACUCAUUACAAUCAAGUUGUGGAAAAUUGCAAUGUUAGACGAUGCUUUGAAGAAGUUAAAAAGAGUUCAGAAAUGGAAAAACGUUCAUCGGAAGUUCGAAAGUUUAAUGAACAAAAUCGAUGGAAGAAGCGAGGGAUCAGUUUGGUCAACACGAUGUUCACUGUCGGAUUUUCAGAGAAAUUUUUGAACCAAGCUGGUGCUUUGGUUCAUAUUUAUACUGAUGGUCAUGUGUUGGUGUCUCAUGGUGGAGUUGAAAUGGGUCAAGGACUUCAUAUUAAAAUGAUUCAAGUUGCUUCAACAGUUUUGAAAAUUCCUAUUGAGAAAGUUCACAUUCAGGAAACUGCAACUGACAAAGUUCCAAACGCUUCAUCAACCGGUGCUUCUGUUGGUACUGACAUUUAUGGUGGUGCUGUCAUGGAAGCUUGUAAAAUAUUGUACAAUCGCUUAGCACCUUACCGUGAAAAGCAGCCAAACAAAGGAUGGGAUGAAUGGGUUAAAGAUGCAUAUUUCGAUCGAGUUGCAUUAUCAGCCGCAGGAUUUUUUGCAACACCAGACAUUGGCAAAGAAGUUGGAAAAAUGUUCAAUUAUUUCACUUAUGGCUCGAGUGUUUCCGAAGUUGAAAUUGAUUGUCUAACUGGCGAUCAUCAAGUUAUUCGGACAGAUAUUGUCAUGGAUGUUGGAUCGUCGAUUAAUCCAGCAAUUGACAUUGGCCAAAUUGAAGGCGCUUUCAUGCAAGGUUAUGGACUUUUGACUUUGGAAGAGUUGAUUUAUUCACCUGAUGGAACGUUAUAUUCCCGUGGUCCCGGAAUGUACAAGAUUCCUGGUUUCACCGAUAUUCCAGCAGAAUUCAACGUGUCACUUCUUACUGGAGCUCCAAACCCUCGAGCAGUUUACUCAUCAAAAGCUAUUGGCGAACCUCCACUUUUCCUGGCAUCUUCCGUAUAUUUCGCGAUUAAGGAAGCAAUUGCAGCUGCUAGAUUGGAAGAAAAUAUUGAUCCUGAUUUUCCUUUUCAAUCACCAGCAACGGCAGCUAGGAUAAGAAUGGCUUGUCAGGAUAAAAUCACGAGAAAUUUCGAGGAAAAUGUAGAAGGAAGUUUCAAGCCUUGGAAUGUUGUACCAUAAUUAAUUCUUUUAAUUAAAAAUAUAAAUUUUGUAAUGACUUGCUUUGAGCUAAAACGAUGUCAAUAACUUUCAUUUUUAAUUAGUUAAAGUUUUUAUCGAAUUUAUGGAUCUGAGCUCAGAGUCUUCAACAUUGAUCCAAAAUUCAACUAAUUAAAUAUUUAUUUGCAAUUUUUAACUGAUGAUUGCAGAGUGCACAUGUAAAAUAAAAUAAUUAACAACUUGAAUUGAUGGAACCAACAACACAACACAUCAAUAAUUGAUUUCACGAUCUAUUAUGAUUUUUAGAGCUUCAUUAGUGUUUGUUAAGCUUUUGCAUUGUGGUGUGGAAAUGUUUUUGAAAAAUUCUUUAUCGCUUGAUGACUGAUUUAAAUUCGUUUACCACUUACGUGUACUUUUCAUUCAAUUUCCAAACUUGAAUGAGA